CUUAAUUUCUCCUUUCCCGGCGCCAUUUUUGUCCCAAUUCCAUCCCAAAUUUGCGAUUUUUUUUGACCUAAUAUAUCCCCUUCGCCUCCCCAAUUCGAUCGGUUAAUUGCGUUUAUUUAUCGGAGAAUUCGCGCGGAUUGAUCGAUUGAUCGGUGAAAGGAGCGAUCUGGGUUGGAAUUAGGGUUUUUGGCGCGUGUUCGAUGCUGUGAGAUCGAGCGAUUGCGGCGAUGGGGGUCGAUUACUACAACAUUUUGAAGGUGAAUCGAGGCGCGAGCGAUGAGGAUCUCAAGAAAUCGUAUCGGAGAUUGGCGAUGAAGUGGCACCCCGAUAAGAAUCUCGGGGAUAAUAAGGAGGCCGAGGCCAAGUUUAAGCAGAUCUCCGAGGCCUAUGAGGUUCUAAGCGAUCCUCAAAGAAGGGCGAUAUAUGACCAAUACGGAGAAGAAGGCCUAAAGGGGUUGCCCCCUCCUGGCUCGCAUAACGGAACCUCGUCCUCUAACGGCGCGGGCGGUGAUUUCUUCAAUCCUCGCAACGCCGAGGAUGUCUUUGCCGAGUUCUUCUCGGGCAACAAGCCCUACGGGUUUGAGGCGAUGAGCCGCGCGAAGUCGAUGAGGUUUCAGUCGGAAGGUGCAGGGACUUUCGGCGGGUUUGGCGGGGCCGAGAACAAGUUCAAGUCGUACAAGGAAACCGGCGGCGGAGCCGGUACGAGCCAGCCUCGGAAGCCACCCCCUGUCGAGGCCAAGGUCCCCUGCACCCUCGAAGAGCUCUACACCGGCACUGCACGGAAAAUGAAGAUCUCGAGGACUGUUUGGCGAAAUGGACAACUUGUGCAAGAUAAGGAGAUCUUAACGAUCGACGUGAAGCCCGGCUGGAAGAAGGGGACGAAGAUCACGUUCCCGGACAAGGGCAACGAGCAACCGAACCAACUCCCGGCGGACCUGGUCUUCGUCAUCGACGAGAAGCCGCACGACGUGUACGCGCGAGAAGGCAACGACCUCCUCGUCCGCCAGAAGAUCCCGCUGGUGGACGCGCUGGCGGGGACGACCGUCAGCCUCAAGACGCUCGACGGCCGCGACCUGGUGAUCAAGCUGACCGACGUGGUGAGCCCCGGGUUCGAGCUCGUGAUCGCGAACGAGGGGAUGCCGAUCGCCAAGGAGAAGGGGAAGAAGGGGAAUCUGAGGGUCAAGUUCGACGUCGGAUUCCCGUCGAAGCUGACGCCGGAGCAGCGGGCGGCUGUCAGGCGCGCACUGGGCGGUUAAUGCCGUCGAAAAUGCAGUUGGCAGCCGCGAGUAUCACUGAUUGUAGUUCUGGAUUUCAUGAUGCAAACUAAUUCAGUUGUUUAUUUUUGUU